GGUGCGGUGGCAGGCGGCGUGUUCGGGCUGGUGGUGGUGGUGGCUGCGGGCGGCGGGGCGCAGCUGGCGCAGCUGCCGGCGCCGCGCCUGCCCGCCUCCACGGCCGCCUGUCCUGCCUACUACAACCUCACAUCGCAUAUGACCAUCAAUCCCACGGAGAACCAGGGUGAAUCUGUGUUCUGGUUGUUCCGGGUAUCGUACCUGUGGUACUCGGGGCUGGGGUGCGCGGCGACGCUGCUCGCGGGCCUCGUCACCUCCGUUCUCACCGGCGUCACGGACCCCGCACAAGUGCCCAUCGACCUCAUAUCACCCCCGGUCAUAUCAUUCCUCAACUCUUUACCCAUUAAAUUUAAAGUAAGUAAUCUAACUAGCGUUAUAUUAUUAAAAUUUCAUAUCUUCAUUUCUUUAACAUUUCGACUUAAGUUCGAUUCCUAG